AUGGACUCCAAGCUAUUUCUGGCGGAGAAUGUGCUCAAUGAGCGACAUGCGGUCACUUAUCGCUCGUUGAGCCGCGCUCUCAAGGUGCACGCCAAUCGAGCCAAACAGAUUCUCUUUGAAUUCCACCGCAAUGAGAAUGCGAAGAAGCCACAGACCGUCCACGCAACCUAUGUCAUCUCCGGUAUCCAGAAGGCGCCAGAGACGGCUCCUCCGAAUGGCCUUGCCAACGACGAGGAUGAGAUCAUGCAGAGUAGUCCUUAUUUGUCCAGCUCUAUGCCGAACCAAGAUGCAUCCUCAGACUCCCCUCGCAUUGCGACAAUCAUUUUAGCACGCGAAGAAGAUUUGGAAGAUGCGAAAUCAACUUUCCAGUCGAUAUCAACUAUUCAUGUUUACAGCCUGGAACCCACACCUCUUCCUGAUUUGAAUGUAUUGGUCGAUGCCAAUCGCCAGAUUGCGAUCAAUUAUGCGCAGGAAGAUCCAUUGGAGUGUGGAAAGCAAUGGGGCAUGAUCCAGAACCGAAAUGUCAAGCGGAGAACCGGCGCGCGCCCACCUCCACCUCCCGCUGCUAAGAGCCCGGCCCCAGCUGUUAAGGCAGCAAAGCCUUCUACCGAGUCAGCAGUACCUGCCAAGCGACCAUUACAAAAUGAGGCUGCUCCGGCGAAGGUUGAAACGAAGUCCGAAGAACCGAAGUCUCAGUCAUCUUCUGGCGCAAACUCCCAGUCAUCUUCGAAGCCCGUUGUCAAAGCUGCGUCUUCCAAGAAGGGCAGUUUGUUCAGCUCUUUCGCCAAAGCGAAGCCAAAACCAAAGACAGCUGCCCCUGCAGAGCCUACCGCACAGGAUGUUAUGCUUGAUGAUGCUUCCGAAGAGGAACCUGAAGAACUUUUCCCUGAUAGCGGUGACAGGGCUGCUGCUGCAAACCGUGAAAGCAGAAAAGAACGCGAAGAAAAACUAAAAAAGAUGAUGGACGAUGACGAAGCUGACGACGAAGAAAUGCCUGACGCCGACGAGGAAUCCCUUCGGGAACCUACGCCUAUCGAGCAACCACCGCCAUCCCAGCCAGCCGAACUUAAAGAAGAAGUAACCGUGCAAGGCGGGCGGCGGCGAGGCAAGCGACAGGUCAUGAAGAAGAAGACGGUCAAGGACGAGGAAGGAUACCUAGUGACUCGGGAAGAGGCAUCGUGGGAGUCAUUCUCCGAAGAUGAGCCGGCGCCCAAAAAGCUAGCUGUCAAUGUUCCCAAGGGUAAGGCUGGAAAAGCUGGUCAGGGUCAAGCUAUGACUCUCUCGAUCGUUCUCGCAGCGUCUCUGUUGGGCCUUGCCAAUGCCCUUGCAGGUCGCGAUGACCCAGCCAUCCUAAAACGAGCUUGCCCUGACUACGUUUCAUAUGCAUCGACACCGCAUGAAGGGCCCUUGAAGCUUCCCUUCCAGCGCCCUGCAGAGGCAUGUCGGACAUUCUCGUCGCCCGCCGUCGAGAAGGUCAUAGAUGAUAUCACCUCGCGCCUAACAGAUAAGGAUCUGGCCCAGCUCUUCCGCAAUGCCUACCCCAACACCCUGGACACAACUAUCAAGUGGCAUACAAAUGGAUCCAGCGCCUCAGCCAAGCGAGCCAGUUCACAAUCCGGCCCACAGUGGACAGGCACGCAGACUUUCGUCGUAACAGGCGAUAUCAACGCCGAGUGGCUGCGCGACUCAACCAACCAGCUUACAAACUACCAAGCCCUGGCAUCAACAGACGCGAGCCUUUACUCGCUCAUUCUCGGCGCAAUCAAUACCCAGUCGGAGUUCGUCAUCCAGAACCCAUAUUGCAAUGCAUUCCAGCCACCAUCUCUCAGCGGCAUCAAGCCAGAGAACAGCACCCAACAAGACAAAGUCCACCCGGCCUACGAAAAGUCCUUUGUCUUCGAGUGCAAAUACGAGCUCGACUCACUGGCUCAUUUUCUCCUCCUUGGCACAGAGUUCCACGAGAACACCGGCGCAACCGAUUUCCUCACGGACCGUUGGUACAAAGCUCUACAAACCGUCCUGGAUACCAUAGACGCACAAUCCCAACCAACAUUUAACUCAAAGAGCCAAUUCGUCACAAAUGUAUACACAUUCCAGCGCCAGACGAACAUCGGCACCGAAACACUCAGCCUGGAAGGCGUAGGCAACCCCCUAAACAGCGAAACAGGCCUAAUCCGCAGCGCCUUCCGUCCAAGCGAUGACGCCACGAUCUUCGGCUUCUUCAUCCCACCCAACGCAAUGAUGUCCGUUCAACUCCAGAAAACGGCAAAGGUCAUCAAAGCUGCCGGUGGACCAGACGAUCUAGUCAAAGACCUCCAACAACGCGGCGAGAAACUAGCCAAAGCAGUCCGCAAACAUGGAAUUGUCCAGCACCCGACCUAUGGUGAUGUCUACGCCUUCGAGAUAGACGGGUAUGGCUCGCGCGUUCUGAUGGACGACGCUAAUAUCCCAUCACUCCUCUCCCUCCCAUACCUCGGGUUCCUGGACAAAUCAGACACCGUCUACCAGAAUACCCGCAAGAUGAUCACCUCCAAGUCCGGAAACCCUUAUUAUUUAGAAGGUCCCGCUUUCCGUGGAAUUGGUGGUCCCCAUGCUGGUCUUGAGAAUGCUUGGCCGAUGUCUUUGCUUGUUGCGGCUAUGACUUCUGAUGACGAUGAUGAGAUUCUGGCGAAUAUCAAUCUUGUGCGCGAUUCAAGUUUGCUGGGUCUUGUUCAUGAGUCUAUUAAUGUUACUAAUAUCAAGGAUUAUACUCGUCCUUGGUUCUCGUGGGCUAACUCUGUCUUUGCGCAGACUAUUCUUAAGGUUGCUGCUGAGAGGCCGCAUUUGAUAUUUGGGAAAGGAGCUGAGGCUUAUACUGUGUCGUAA